UUGUCUUCCCUAUCCUAGAUUGAACUGAACUGAAGUCUCAGACAGAGAGAGAGAGAGAGAGAGAGAUUAUCUGAAUCGAGCAAGCGUGGUUUCGAAGCGAAUCGAGCUCUAUUUGUGGUGAUUGUUUGGAUUUGAAUAGAGAGGUUUUGGGUUUUUUUCUUCUUUUUUCAUGGUUGCAGAGUAAUAAUGGAGGCUCAGUACAUACGAAGGUACCACAAGCACGAACCCAAAGAGAAUCAGUGCACUUCCGAAUUCGUCAAGCACAUCAAAGCCCCCGUUGAUCUCGUAUGGUCAUUGGUGAGGCGAUUUGAUCAGCCACAGAGAUAUAAACCAUUUGUCAGCAGAUGUGUCAUGCAAGGUGACCUUAAUAUUGGGAGUCUCAGACAGGUUAAUGUGAAGUCAGGGCUUCCAGCGACAACAAGCACUGAAAGAUUGGAAUUGCUUAAUGAUGAGGAACACAUCCUUGGCAUCAGAAUUAUUGGUGGUGAUCACAGGCUGAAGAACUACUCUUCAAUCAUCACUGUCCAUCCCGAGAUGAUUGAUGGGAGACCAGGGACGCUUGUGAUUGAGUCAUUUGUGGUGGAUGUGCCUGAAGGGAACACUACAGACGAGACAUGCUACUUUGUCAAGGCCCUGCUCAACUGCAAUCUCAAAUCUUUGGCUGAUGUUUCAGAGAGAAUGGCCAUGCAGGAUCGGGCCAGACUCGUCAAUCAAAUCUGAGUGGUUUGGUUAAAGGAAUUUUGAAACAAAUUCAAAGGACUGUUGGUAAGCUGUUGCGCAAGACUUUCAGUUACCUUUGUAGACAUUUGUUGGAGCAGUUCUUCCACUUGUUCAGAAGUUUUGUAUACAAUCCUGCUCGUGGCUCGGUCAUUUUCCUUAUCUGUUUGAUUCACUCUUGUUAUUUCCUCUGAAGUGACUCUGGGCUUUGCCUUAUCGUAGUAUCCGGACAAUUUUAUGUAUGAGAUCAGUUCUUUCUUCCACUGUUAUAUGUUCCUCUGUUUUGAACAUGGUGGUAUGUAAAUUAUUGUGGUGUUUAUCUGUAAAUAUAUGUUGGAAAUGUGUUCUGUAUAAACGUGGUUUUCAUGUUGGUGAA